CGUUUGAGUUAGAUAAAAAAACUAUAGCCAAAAUUGUUGAUGAAUUACUUGGACAGCAUCACGGACCUCUACCGAAAAUACAUGGAGUGUCGCAGCGUCAUCGCCAAAAUGAAGAACAGCCUCUCCAUCUGCUCGGGCAGCGAGGCAAACCACGCAGAUUUGGACAACGAGCUCGAGAGCGACGACGACAAUUGGCCUCCGAGGAGCGAACCAAGUUGCACGUGCGAGAAAGUGGAGAGUGAGCCACACCGUUGCACGACCGUGAUCACCAUUCCGGAGGGCCUGCAAAACAGCACGCCCGCUGCCACAAUAACCGUGACCAAAUCCCUAGACGUCGUUGGGGACUUCUCCGGCCUGUCCCACAAACAGUGUGCAGGGAUUAGCUGUCGGAGGCGUUUGGAGCAUAUGCGCCGGGAAAAAGAGCGGGCCGUCAGCCAGUUUCAGAUGCAAAACUUCCAAGUACGCGAGCUGUCCGAGUCACUCCGCAAAACUGAAGAGAAACUGAGGAAGGAGGUGGAGGGGGUGGAGAAAAAGCUGCGGGACGCGUCGGACGUGGUGCGAGAGGCGCGGGCGGAGGCGAAACAGGCGCGCAGCGAGCUGGCUGAGAGCAAAAACGAGUUAGAGGAAAGUCGGAACGAGUCGUCGGUGCGGCUUGAGCAGAGCUGCAAAUUGCUCGAGCAGAGCAGGGCGAUCGCGCGGAAAUUGCAAAACAAGCUGCGAGAGCGCGAGGCGGAGCUGCAAGACGCGCGGACACGCGUCGAGGCGCUGCGGCGGGAAAAAAUUGAUUGCGUGGAAAAAGCGAAUCGAGAGGCCGUUAAUCAAGCGCGCAGGCAGUCGCAGCUUGCACUCGAGAAGGAAAAGUGGCUCGAGGAAGGGUUGAAAUCAAAGUUGGAAAAGGCACUCGAGCAGCUAAGCGAGUGGAAGGAGCGGUGCGGCCGGGCGGACGCACGCCACGCUGCGUUGAGGCAGGAUUUGGCGCGCAGGCGAAAUGAGUGCGAAUUAAAAAUGGAGGCGAAGGAAGAGCAGCUAACAAAGGCCAAACAGGAAGCGGCGAGGCUGGUACAGGAAAUUGAAACCUGGAAGGAGGCGCGAAGCAAAAAUGGCGAGGAGCUGGCGGCGUGGAGGCGACGGGCGGCGGCGGCGAAAUCGCAGGCCGACGAGCUGAGGAAAAAAGAGCUAAUUAGCGAGCGACGAUUAUCCGACGCCUUCGCCGACCGGGAGCAAAUUAGAGCCGAAAACGGUCGCUUGAAAAUACAGCUGCAGCAGACAAUUAAGAAGCUGGAGGACGCGCAGAGGGCAAGCACUGCGAUCGCCGCCGAGAAAUUGGCUGCGUUGCACAAGGAGAACGGCGAAAUGAGGCUGGCCCUAAGAGAGAUGGCCGAGCGGCAUCGCAUCCAAGUCGACGACCUCAAACGCACAAAUGAUGGCCUGCUCGAGAAAAUCUGCCAGAUAAGGCGGUAUGUUGGCCUCGAAGGGAACACGAGUAAGAAAGCUUCGGUUCGAUUUCAUGCGACCCGCACGCAACACAACUUCCACGACGCAGCGUUUUGCGCCUACAACGAGCCGCAAAAAACUUGAAACAAAUUUUGUACUUUUUACGAGCGUAUUAGGGGGUGUAAAUUUAUUUACACCAGUA